GUCCCCCACCGCAUUGCGACACAACAGCCGCAAGCCUUGCGUGUGUGUUGCCCUGCUGUCCCAGGCAAAUAAAUAGAUCUGCUUGCGGCCUCCGUUCUGAUUCUUCAUCCACUCAACGCACAAACAGAUUCACCCGCUCAACUCACCCAAUCUACGAGUCGAUCAUCCAGUCGCUAUCUUCAAGUCAAGUACUUCUAAGCCUCUAAUACCCAAACCCCCAAACCACCACCAACACAUCAUCAACAUGCGUUUCACCAUCGCCUCCGUUGCCAUCAUGGCUGGUGCCGUCGCCGCUGUUCCUCAGUACAGCGUCCAGCCCAUCUCUCAGAUCUCCGACGGUCAGAUUCAGGCUCCUCCUGCCACCAGCGCUGUUGGCUCCGCUGUCCCUCUCCCAUCGCCAUCUGACGUCUCCGUCCCCGCUGGUGUCACCUCUGCCCUCUCCUCCGCUGCUGACAUGACCUCCACUCUCGCCGUCACUGAGACUGCUUCCGUCACCUCGGUUGUAGUUGUCCCCACUGCUACUCCCGUUGGCCCCAGCGGCUCCAUGGUCACCCCCAUCGUCGGUGGUAACUCCACUGCCUCUGCUACUGGCUCUGCUGCCGUCUCCUCCACCGCCUCAUCUGAGGAGUCCGCUACCUCUGGUGUCGCUGGCAGCUCCACUGAGAGCGCCUCUGCUCCCGAGUCCACUGGUGCCGCCGCCGGCAACAUGGUCUCUUUCGGUGGACUUGUCUUCGCCAUCGGUGCCGCUGUAUUCGCAUAAGCGUCUCAUCUCCACCACCAGACAACACGGAGUAACACAGCAUUAAUGGUGGGGUCUUUAAUUUUCAAACUUGGAAAGGCGCGAAUUGGAC